GGGUGGCGACCCGGAGUUCCAAGGCGGUCCUCCGCCUUCGGCGAUCGACUCAGAGAAUGGAUCCGGGCCUUGGAAACGACUCGGCGCCGCUGGCCGGCCUGGCCUGGAGCUCGGCUUCUGCACCUCCGCCGCGAGGAUUCAGCGCGAUCUCCUGCACCGUUGAGGGGGCGCCGGCCAGCUUUGGCAAGAGCUUCGCGCAGAAAUCCGGCUACUUCCUGUGCCUCAGCCCCCUGGGCAGCCUCGAGAACCCUCAGGAGAACGUGGUGGCCGAGAUCCAGGUUCUGGUGGACAAAAGCCCCCUACCGCCCGGCUUCUCCCCUGUCUGCGACCCCCAGGACUCCAAGGCCUCUGUGUCCAAGAAGAAACGGAUGUGCGUGAGGCUGGUACCCCUGGGGGCUGCGGACACUGCCGUGUUUGACGUCCGGCUGAGCGGGAAGACCAAGACGGUGCCUGGAUACCUGAGAGUAGGGGACAUGGGUGGCUUUGCCAUCUGGUGCAAGAAGGCCAAGGCCCCACGACCAGUACCCAAGCCCCAUGGGCUCAGCCGGGACAUGCGGGACCUCUCCCUGGACCCACCAGGCCGGCCCAGUAAGGGCAGCUUCCCAGAGCGAACACUGUCACGUCUUGGCUCACGGACGUCCACCCUGAGGAGGAGUGAUUCCAUCUACGAGGCCUCCAGCCUCUAUGGCAUCUCAGCCAUGGAUGGGGUUCCUUUCACAUUGCACCCCAGAUUUGAGGGCAAGAGCUGCAGCCCCCUGACCUUCUCUGCCUUUGCUGACCUGACCAUCAAGUCACUGGCGGACAUUGAGGAGGAGUACAACUAUGGCUUCGUGGUAGAGAAGACGGCAGCCGCACGCCUGCCCCCCAGCGUGUCAUAG